ACACACACACAGACGUCACACUCAGAACCAAACACACGCAUCCAGCCUCAGUGCGCGCUUCGGUACUCAGCGCGACGGGAACCCCGAACACUUCCAGUUAGAUUAAACAAUAACGUGACAGAUCUGGGAUAUUUAUUUUUAAAACGUAGUCCGACUUCUCUCACUUCUCCGAUCCGAUCUGAUCUGAUCUGCGCGCGUGCGUGACUGAGUGAGCGAGCAUGUCCGGGACCGGAGAACCACACGGAGAGGAGCGUGAGCGGCCCGGGCCGCGUUUGGGUCGGAUGCACGAGGAAGAGGAAGAGGAAGAGGGGGAGUGUAAAAAGAAGGAGGCGUCGGAAACGGAGGAGGAGAAAGAGGAAGAAGGGAAGAAGAGGGCGCUUAAACAGACCUGUCCGGGUGAUGAGGCGCACGGAGGAACUUGCGUUGCCAUGGAAACUGCAUCCUCAGACUCGGUGUCUGAUCUGUUCCUGAACUCUUCCUCCAAGCAGAGUGACCUCUACACCUCCCUCCUCUCCUCUAAUUGCUCGUCCUCAAACCCGCUCAGCGCCAGCGUUCCGCUCUUCUCCUCUGAGGAUGACCGUUCUCCUCUCGCUCCUAUGGGGAGCGACUCUGGAAUCGGGAUGACCCCUGGUGACCCCGGCGACCUCCACCCCCAAAAAAGUGACCCCUACAACUACAUGGAUAUGAGUGACAACCUUGGUGACCUCGGUCAUCGUAAAAACACUGGGUCAGAAAAGCAGCCAAUGAGGAGCCUCAAGGAUCCUGAUGAUGAUGAUGAUGAUGAUGAUGAUGAUGAUGAUGAUGCUGUUGAUGCUGUUGAUGAAGACGGAUCCAUGGAGUUUAAGUCGAAGAUGGUAAAAGAGGUAUUUGAUUUAGGAAGCUACAUGGAGAAGAAUCCUGAAAACCUAUCAGUGACUGGAGACUUGGGAAACACCUUCCCAUAUGUGGAGGACCAAUCAGACGAGGAGUUACUGGAGAACAGGCCACGCACUGCCAGUCCAGUAAAGAUCACCGUGACGACAGAUUCCUGUAUCUUAGAAACCGAGCAAGCAAGAGGUGGAGUGUCAGAGAGGGAAAGUGUGCUGAGUUUGGGAAAGGAAGGUGUUCCUACGGUAACGCUGUCUGAACCGGAGGAUGACAGCGCUGCUUCAUCUGUCAAUCAUUCCCCAAACCACUCCCCCACAGGUAGAGAGUCACCCUCAGAUUUCUUGUUCCAGCCUGUAGGGAUAAAGUGUGUGAACAUCAAGGGCCCUACAAAACCCUCAUCACGAUUUGGGAUGCGGGACAGUGGAGAAUCUGGUGACUCCGAAGUCGAGCCCGAUUCCCCAAGACAUGAAAAGCAGUAUACCGCCAGAAACAGAGCUGGAAAACCGUUUGAGCCGACAGGUGGAGGUGUGGAGAUGAAACAGAGCUACAAGGGAAGAUCUAACAAUCCGAUUGAGGGGUCCAUCCGCACAAAGGGGGAAUAUGUGCAACAUGGCAACCCUCCGCUUUACAGCCUGCUUCGUGAGGAGAGGGAGGCCGAGCUAGACAGUGACCUGCUUAUCGAGUCUGCUUCCGAGGAGAGCCCUAAGAGAGAGCAGGUGGUGAAGUGCACCCUAAAACCACAUUCACCUCCGAGCUCACCUCCACCCGUGAGCAGUGCUGUCUCUCCGCCUCUAAAAGAGAAGGAACAGGAUGUAAAGAAAGAAAAGGAGGAAAAGCCCAGUGCAGAACAGAGAGAAGAAUCCAACACGCAGUCACAACAAGAGGAAGAUAAAAUGUUCACUAAAACCAAGCCUGCAGUGACGCCAUCCAGUGAAGAGCGCACCCUAGAGGACGGAGCAAAUAAAAACACCGUCAGCAAUGGAGAAAAAAGGACCACUAAAGACGCAGAGAUGCUGGUUUUCUUGCACACCUUCAACAAACAGAAAGUGGUGGCGCUGCUGCACUGGCGGGAUGUGAGAAAGACGGCCGUGUUGUUCAGCAGUGUGUUACUGCUGCUCUUCUCUCUGACUCAGUUCAGCGUGGUGAGCGUGAUGGCGUACCUCGCCCUCGCCGCUCUCUCCACCACCAUCAGCUUCAGAGUGUACAAGUCCGUGCUGCAGGCCGUGCAGAAGACUGACGAUGGACACCCCUUCAAGGUGUAUCUGGAGCAGGAGAUCGCUCUCUCUCCUGAGCAGAUCAGUAAAUAUGUGGAGAAAGUGCAGCUCUAUUUGAAUUACACACUGAAGGAGCUGCGGAGGCUUUUCCUCGUGCAGGACCUGAUCGACUCUUUAAAGUUCACAGUGUUGAUGUGGUUGCUGACAUACGUUGGCGCUCUGUUUAACGGCCUCACUCUUCUCAUUCUGGCUGUGGUGUGUGUGUUCACGGUGCCGCUUGUGUACGAGAAAUAUAAGAAACAGAUAGAUCAGUACCUGGGACUAGUGAGAACUCAGGUGAACUCUGUAAUGGCAAAACUGAGGGAGAAGGUUCCUGGAGCCAAGAGGAAGGAUGAGUAAAAUCCCUCCAUCCAAAUCCACUGUACACUCAACAAAGCCAGUACCGACUGCAGCACGGCUGCGUCCCAAUCCCAUUUUUAAUAGACCCUUGUUGACUUCCACUUUCCCCUUUAUUAGCUUAUAGUGAUCAGGUGGCAUCAGUGCAGGCUUCAUGAGAACACAUUUCCCAGAACGCACUGCUGUAUGAACGUCAGGUGUCGAGGCUCGGCUUUAUUUCAGUAGGAGCAAGUUAGCACGAAGUGGAGGAAAUCACUCGCACCACUCACUUCAUGCACACUUUCUAGAGGAAGUCAACAAGGCUGUAUAAAAGAUGAGCUCAAUAACAAACGAUCACGAUUAUCACCUGACACCGUAUCAGGAUUAAUGAUUAUUAUACUACAUGUAUUUUAAUAACGUCACAUGAUUAGCUCGAGCCCUUCUGAUUGGACGGCGUGCUAGUCACCGAAGAACCUCGGCAGCGCCUCAAAGCUUCAUCAUAGCUUCGGUUAUCAUCGUGAUAUAGUUUGUGCUGAUAAUCUACAUAUGCCUAAAUUAUAUUAAAAAAAAAACAUCUAGUUUCUACAUCCACGACGUGCAUGACAGUAUUUUGUAUCGACUGUGUUAGAUAGUUAAGUUACUUUCGCAAAGAAAACGAGGAAGCGACGCGAUGUAAUCGAUCACACAAGUCAUAAACCAGUAAAAACUUACAAACUGCUUUUUCUCUAACUUUGCUUCAGAUUAAAAAGCAUGAGUCUUUAGUAAUUAAUAUUAAACUAUCACUUUCUUUCUUUCUAUUCUUUCAUUCUGUAUCGUUUCGGUCUAACAGUAAACACCUCACACACUCACGCCAAGCCUGCUCGGUCACCGUAUAACCGCACACGUCACCGCAUAACCGCACACGUCACUGCUUACACACUAAAGCAUUAAUAUUAAUAUGUUCUAAAUGAUUUUCUCCAAUGGGUGUGUGUGUGUGUGUGUGUGUGUGUGUGUUGUGUAAUUUAGCUUUUGUAAAGUCAGGAGUGUGUUCAGCUCAGUGUUGUUGGAUUUGAGCUCAGCAUCGACUCUGUAACUGUUUGCACUCGUGUAUUAAUGGAACAAUAAUGAAUAAAUGUUCUCUACUGUAAAAA